AUGGAGCAAUAUCGUGAUAUUUUUGAUACCGAAAAACAAAGGAAAUUUAGAGUAGAAACUGAAAAUUUGACAGCUAAUAUUAUGGUUCAACCAAAGCCUUCAAAAUCUAACUUAGUACAGCGUAUGUCCGAUGCAGUUGUCAAUACUGCCAGGACUGUUGAAAAUUCGAUGAAUCAUUAA